CACGUCGUUUGCCGUUUGUUACCUGCAGAGUUAAAUAGAUGUCCCCUUUUUUUCUGCAUACUCCAGCAUUUGAAAUUUGACCUGCAACUGCAAUUUUGGGAGACUGUGGUAUGGCGAAUCGCAGGUCCUUCUCCGAAGUAAAAGAGUCGGUCCUCGCAGCCCACAAAGACGUAGACCCGGAGGGUAAAGUUAAAUUUUACGAUAGUUGGGCUGACAAUUAUGAGCAGGAUGUGGAAACACUGGAAUACAGGGCUCCUUACCUGGCUGCAGAGACACUAUCAUCUGCUUUCCAAGGAAAUCGAGACCUUGCUGUGGUACUAGAUGUGGCCUGUGGAACGGGCCUAGUGGUUUCCUGGCUAAACAAAAUGGGCUUCAGGAAUUUCCAUGGUAUCGAUGGUAGUGAAGGAAUGCUUGAAAUGGCCAAAACCAAAGGAUUAUACCAAAAUCUGAAGUAUUGCAUGCUUGGAACGGAGACUCUUUCAUCUCCCAUUUCUUUUUAUGAUGCAGUACUUAUAGUUGGUGCACUCAGCGUUGGACAAGUGCCAGUCAAAGUCAUUUGGGAGCUCUGGCAAGUAACAAAGCCAGGUGGAUAUAUAUGUAUGACAACAAGAGCCAACAACUCCAAUAUACAGUAUAAAGAUCAGCUGGAAUCCCUUCAGAGAUCAAUGGAGGAAAAGGGAAUGUGGGAAAAAAUAGCAGUUCGAGAAGUAGAAAAAUGGGAAAGAGCAGUUUCAGAGAAUGACUGCGUGUACAUCUCUGGAGUGGUAUAUUUGUAUAGAAAAACCUGUGUGGAAUCCUGAAGGGAACAACAGCAAUGCCCUUAUUAUAUUCUUGUCACAAACUGUCAUCUUGAUAUAACAGUUUAUUGCUGUACUAUUUUAAAUGUAAUAAAUAGUCCCCUUUCUUUUUAUGGUAAGUGCCUUAUGUUAAAGUUUCAGAGCUUUAAAAUAGUGUGUAGUGAAUUUGAUGUAUUCCCUCAAGAUAAUGUAUAUUUAGAUACUCUGAAGUAUGCCAUAUGUUUAGAAUACUAUACAUAAAUUCAGAUGCUAGCAUGAAUGCUGUUUUUUUGUCUCAAACUAUAGUCAAAAAUCAGUGCUGAGGAAAAUUGAAAGCCUAAAUCUAAAUGAGUUAACCAAUAUUUAUGAUUUUAAUCGUUAUGAACUGUAGAAACUAACAACAGGAUGAAUAUCAUCAUUCUUUAAAUCUCAUUAAUUGGAAUGUCAAAAAAUCAACUGUAGACAACUCAACACUUAAAAACAUCAGAUUUUCUUUGGAAAAUGGUCUUAUGGUUGGCACUUCCAAUGAGUGGUGAGAACUGUGGUAGUACAGUAUAUAGGUAUAGGUAGUAUACAGACUGAGUUUUUUAAAUGUAAAAACUUUUAAUAAUGGUUGUGCCAAUGUGCUGGCUCUUCAGCCAGUCUCACCCUUAUAUUUUGGUGUUUCAAACACUGGCACAGGCUUUUUGUUUUAGUUUCUUUCUAACUUUCUUAACAUAAAAACAAAACCUUCAAUAGCCACUUUAGGAUGCCCCUCAUGACUCCUUUAAAACAAUCUCUUAUUUCAUGUACAGAUAUUUAAAUCUUUGUUAGCAUGCAGUCAAGUCCUCUUGUCCUGGCUAACCCUGAUAGGUUCCUGUUACAUAAAACAUUCAUAGAAACUUGAGUAUUUUAUAUAAAAUAGAGGAAAAAAUUCAGACAGAGAAAAAAAUGUAUUCUUGUUGGAUUUGUUUUCUCUCAUAUAUUCAUCCAAUUUCUGAGCUCACUUGGCCCAUUUCUGGGUUGUGGAGUGGCCUUACCUUUAAUGACAUCAUCGGAUCUUAGCACGAACCGGCCCUGUGAGGAAUGCCAGUACAUCAAAGAGUCACAUCCUUCAUGUUUACUACCUAAAGACUAGAACAAUCCUUUAGUUAUACCUGGAUUAGUUUCACAGUGUCAACAGGGAGUGAUCUUCUUAACACAGAAUGUGGUCCUGGAUUAUUUACCUUCAGUCAUGUUUGAAUAUUUAAAAUGUAUUGACUUAUUUUCACUCCCUGUUUUAUAUUUCAUCAUAUAUUUUUUACUACAGAAAAUUUUUUUAUUACAAAAAAUAUUUGGAUCUGAUUUUGAUAGGAACAGCGAGAUGUAUUAAAGUGGAGAAAGUAAAAAGAAGCGGGGAAAAUAGUAGAAAUUAACUAUCUGUGUUUGAUAUUCAGAUAUGUUUAAUACCUUAAUUAUUGUUUAAAAACAACAUGUAAUGUUUAUUACAUUUCUGAUUAAAAUGUUUUGAUUUACA